AUGUCUUUUAAUACUUUUUUUAAACUUAAGAAUGGUAACGAUAUCCCGGCUUUGGCAAUUGGAUCAGGAGCACACAGAAAAGGUGUCGACCUAACCACUGUAACCGAAAGAGUUGAAUAUACCAUUGGUCUCCCUGGUGUGAGCCAUAUUGAUACAGCGGAAGCUUAUCUUGUUAAUUCUCAAGUAGCCGAUGCUAUAGGCAAAUCUUUUGAGAAGGGCAUAGAAAGAAGGAGUUUUUGGAUCACUAGCAAGUAUUGGCCGGGAACUUCCAUAUCUUUCAAUAACGGUGUCCCAAUGGAACCUUUCAGUCCAGAUCCACUUCAAGCAAUUGAUAAGAUAACAACAACGCUUGGUAUACAGUAUUUAGAUUUAUUCUUGCUACAUUCCGCCGAUAUAACUGAAGACAAAAAUGGGUACGACUUGAAACAAGCAUGGAGGUAUAUGGAAGACGCUUAUAGGACAGGAAAAGCGAAAAAUAUAGGAGUGUCGAACUUUACAAUCAGCAACUUAUUAAAAAUUUUAGAGGUGUGCGAGAUUGCUCCUGCUGUCAAUCAAAUUGAAUUUCAUCCUUACAACCAAGAUGCCAGUCUUGUUGACUUUUGCAAGAGUAAUCAAAUUUUAGUAGAGGGUUAUUCACCAUUGACUCCUAUAAGUUUCGCAAAGGGAGGUCCUCUUGAUCCUAUUUUGGCCGAUUUGUCAAAAAAAUAUCAAAGAUCUGCUUCUGUAGUUUUAUUAAGGUGGGCCUUUCAAAGCAAUGUUUUACCCAUCACAUCCUCGAGCCACACAGAAAGAAUAAAAGAGUAUCUUGAAGUCUUUGAUUUUCAAUUAGCUGAGCUGGAUUUUGAUAAGAUAGAAAAAGUUGGAAGAAGUUAUUCCUUUCGAAAGACUCCUCCUAUGACGUAA